AUGUUACGGUACUUGGACGGUCGUACAAUGACCAUGAUUGCCACGCUGUGUGCCACCCUGAGCGGCAUUGCCUGCUUCGUCUGGGACAACCUUGCCGUUUACUACGUCUUCAUUGGGCUCGUAUUUGGGGCCGCCACCGGCACGACCAUCUGCACCAACGUGGUGGUGCUGAACAGCUACUUCGCGCGUCGGAAGGCGUCGGCGAGCGGCCUCAACUUCGCGGGGGCCUCGCUGGGCAGCAUGAUCUUUCCACCUCUCAUUGCCAAGCUCACUGACUGGUACGGCCUGCAAGGCACCAUGCUCAUCAUCGGGGCCAUGGUCCUCAACGCCAUGGUGGGAGCCUUCGUGCUGCGCUCUCCGCGAGAGUCCCGAGACGCCGACGACCAACUCCCGGCCAGUCUGGGCUCGGUCGACUACAUGCUCUCCGAUCCGAUGGCGCCGGUUCCGCCGCCAGGGCCGAUCGCCUGGACCGGGAACCACGGCAAAGAACGCGCGGCGUCGUUCCUGUGGCAGCCGCUCUUCUACCCUCUCAUCUUGACCGGUGUGGUGUACGGCAUCGUCUUUAGCACCUACAUCGUGACCAUAGUGGACCACGUCCGCGACGUGUCCCGCGUGUCCAGCGGACUGGCCGCCCUGUCCGUGACGGCCAUGUCGGUGGGCGACCUGGCCAGCCGCUUGGUGUCCGGCUACAUCACGGACCGCAAGUUUAUCACCCGCGAGCAGCUCCUGGUCAUCAACUUCGGCAGCCUGGGCCUCUGCUACGUGCUCCUGACCUUCCUCACCGGCUUGUCGUAUAUCGCCCUGCUGGCUCUCGUGUUCGGACUCAACGCCGGCGGGCCGAUCAUCUCGAUUCCGGUCCUUUUGGCGGAGCACUGCGGUAACCAUCACCUGCCCAUCACGUUCGGCAUCCACCGCCUUUUCAUGGGCGUGAGCACGCUCGGCCGACCUUUCCUGAUCGGCUACUUCAAGGACACGCACGGCUCGUACAACGGUCUGUACUACCUGGUCGGCGUGUGCAGCGUCGCCACCGCGCUCCUCUGGAUGGCCGUCAUAGGCGCCGACGGUUGCAAGACGAGGCUGGCGCGCCUCGUCGCCACCUGGCGGCUCACCGACAAGGUUGCGUCGCGUCAUGAUGGCAAACCGCGUGUCUCGUGA